AUGGCAGAGUUGUUGCACCAUAAUUCUUUAAGAAAAUUCACCUUUAGUUCCAUCAAGAAAACAAGGACCAAAGGAAUUCAAAAACUCGGUUGGAGGCCGGUUCAGGGUGUUUUAACCGAAGACAACAAACGGGCUGUGGUUAAGAAUGGCAAGGAUUCAUUAGACAUAUCCCGGGUUGUGAAUGGGAUGUGGCAGACGAGCGGUGGCUGGGGUCGAAUUGAUAGAGACAAUGCAGUUGAUGCCAUGCUUAAAUAUGCUGAUGCUGGACUCACCACUUUUGAUAUGGCAGAUAUAUACGGACCGGCUGAAGAUCUAUAUGGCAUCUUUAUCAAUCGAGUUCGUCAGGAGCGUCCGCCAGAGUUCUUGGAGAAGAUCAGAGGUCUUACAAAAUGGGUGCCACCACCUGUUAAGAUGACAAGUAGUUACGUAAGGGACAGUAUAAAUGUUUCACGGAAGAGAAUGGAUGUGUCUUCCUUGGACAUGCUUCAGUUUCAUUGGUGGGAUUAUGCAAAUACCGGUUACCUUGACGCACUAAAACACCUUACAGAUUUGAAAGAAGAAGGUAAAAUUAAGACCGUUGCCUUGACAAACUUCGACACAGAGAGACUACAGAUAAUCCUGGAAAAUGAGAUUCCUGUUGUCAGCAAUCAGGUCCAACAUUCAAUUGUUGAUAUGCGUCCUCAACAGAAAAUGGCAGAGCUUUGUCAGCUUACAGGAGUCAAACUCAUAACGUAUGGGACAGUGAUGGGUGGCCUAUUAUCUGAAAAGUUCCUUGAUACCAACUUAAACAUUCCCUUUGCUGGGCCUCCACUAAAUACUCCCUCCCUCCAGAAGUACAAACGGAUGGUCGAUGCCUGGGGAGGAUGGAGUCUCUUUCAAGCUCUGCUUCAGACACUCAAAGGAAUUGCUUCAAAACAUGGAGCCACAAUCCCCAAUGUUGCCGUGAAAUACAUAUUAGAUCAGCAAGCUGUGGCAGGAUCAAUGAUAGGUGUUAGACUUGGGUUGUCAGAACACAUCCAAGACUCCAAUGCUGUGUUUUCACUUGCUCUUGAUGAGGAUGAUAUAAGCAGUAUACAAGAAGUCACAAAGAAAGGGAAGAAUCUUCUUAAGGUGAUUGGUGACUGCGGAGAUGAAUACAGGCGUGCAUGA